AGAUGGCGUAUGGCGUCUCGAAAAAUCGGUAUCUAUUUUAUGAACGUAGAGGCACUUUAAAGCAAAGUCGCAGAUUCUUUGAGAGUCGUCUCCCUAUUACAUGUAUAACUGUUGGUGGAAACAGGUGGAAACAUAACCUAUUUCUUUAGCUGCAUUCGUUUUGAAAUACGCACGUGUGAGAAAUGGCUAAAUCUUUGCGCAGUAAAUGGAGAAGAAAAUGCAGAGCGAUCAAGAGAGAACGUUACGCAGUAAAAGAAUUAGAUAGACUAAAGAAAACACUUGGUAUUGACGAUAAUAAUACGUCUAAGGAUAUCGAAAUGUCUGACAUCGCAGAAAUCGCUACAGUUGUCAACGCCAAAAAAGUAAAAAAGGAUAUAAAGGCUAAGCAAGUUGAAACUUCAGAAUCUAAGAUCGAGGCAAAUGAAGAACAAAUGGAAGUGGAUGAUGUGAGAGUGUAUAAUAAGAAAACAUUGCGGGAUCAGUAUGGUAAUUAUCCGGUAUGGAUGAGCCACAGGAAGAUAGUCAAACACAAAAAAGGCAGAGCAAAAACACAGAAAGCAAGCAAGAAGACAAAUAAAAGGCUUACUAGACGACAGAAGAAAGCAAUUAAGGAAAAAAUUAUGGAUACUUCAUAAUUUGUUAAUUUUUAAGUAAUAUGAAUAUAGCUUUUUUUAAAAAUAAAAAUUAAUGAAAGACAAACUCAUUUUUUUUUAAUUCUAAAUUGCAGUACUGUUGGAAAGUUCUUAGACACUUGCCUCAUGUAGAAAGUAUUGUGCAUACAAAAUAUUUAUAAACGUUUGUAAAAAUCCUCAUUUUUGGGCUGUUUUUGUUCGUGAAUUGCUAUUCAUGAAAAAAAUGUGCAGCUGUUAUAUGAUUUCAAUCAUUUGAAAUUACAAUUAGGUGUGGUUGUAGCACAAACUUAUUUAAAAAAGUUUCUUUCGUGUCUGAUUCUAAAUUGGUAAUAUGUCUUCUUAAAUUAACAGUUUUAGGUUUUAUUUAUGAUCUAAGAUUUACUUAUUUUAAUAAUAAUAAUAAUAUAUUUUUUGUGCAAGUAUGCCGGAAACAGUGCUUUUUUCGAAAUUGUAAUAUGUUACUGUAUAAUUUUUGAUAAAAAAAAAUAUAACAUAAAAGAGUAAGACUUAUAAUAUAUCUUUUAUCUACUUGAAUUA